AUGGAACGUCAAAAAGCGAUGGGAAACAGAAGAGGAAGCAGCUUUGCUGCGCUGGAGAGAGAACAACAAAGUCGACUAGCUCAGGCGAAGGCAGAGAAGUUCAAAAGAGAGAUAAUGAUAAAAGAAGAGUGGGAAAGGGAACAAAGGAAAUUACAAGAAGCCGAAGAAGUCAGAAAAAAAAUGGAGGAUGAGAAGAAAAGAAAACAGGCAGAGUUACUUGCUCAGAUAGAUGCAUUCAUUGACGGUCGAGCCGAUUUGCCUGAUGAGGUCAACGUGUCCACCCAGACUCAGCCUGGGCAUCCUGAUUGUCCGUUCUUCUCCAAGACCGGUGCAUGUCGCUUCCGGGAUAAUUGUUCCAGGUAUGCUUGAUUUGUCACUUAGUUU